AUGGCAAUGGAACUCAACAUCACCUCCGUGAGCUGGCCAUCUCUCUACAACCCAGCCAUCGAACUCUCCGUCGGUCAUGGUCCCCUGCGUCCCAUGCAGCCAGGUGGUUCUUAUCUCGUCAAUCCAGAUGACAUCUUUCGCUUCACUCUUUACUGGACUCUUAUUUUUCACCUUCCUUUCUAUGCCAUCUGUGGCAUUUAUGCCUUCCUCAAUUUCGCAUUUCCGCCUUCGCGUCGAUCAAUAACGACAUUCCCGCUUGAACCCUCUCCCCGCAUUCCCUUCUCUCCCGACUCCAACCAAACUGAACAAUGGAUCAAGCCUCCACGACCUAACGUUCGCCGUUCUCGACUCGCUUUUGCCCUCCUCGUUAUUCUUGCGUUUCUGUUCCUUAGUCUCACUGGUGCUGUCAUGGGAGCAGCUGUGGUCGGCUUCGUACUUGCAGGUGUAUACAAGGCAGGCGGCUUUUACAUGUCCACCUGGGUCCCGUUCGUAUGGGCUGUGAUCCAGAGCCUGGUGGGGCUUCUGGCGAUCUGGCCAUCUAUCAUCAACAUCAUCUGA